AUGGUUGAUAGCAAUUUACUCUCUCCAAUAUCUGCGCACGAUUCUAGAGGUCGUUCCGGCUUUCAUUCACGCUCACGUUCAGUAAGCGGAGAUCGUCGCUCUCGACCUGGGCAUAGGCGAUCAAUGACACAUACUUCAUCGCCAUGUACGAGAAGGACGAAGAUUACAGAUGGAAAUGUCAAGAUUGUUUUUGGAAUAGACUUUGGUUCGACGUCCACUGGUUUUGCUUUCUGUAAUGUACUGACUCCAAACAUUAUAACCUCAUUCGACUCAUGGCCGCAUCGGCGGGGUUCAUACAAAACCCCAUCGGCACUCUUGUAUGAUGACAACCUUGAUAAACUUCUUGCAUGGGGUGCGCCUGCUCUGGCUGUUCGUCCCGCUAGACUACGGGCUACAGAUAAAGAAUAUGGUGAAGAUGUUUGGAAUAAAAAUUAUAACAAGCCUAUAGUGAAUUUUAGAAGUUCUAUUUGUCAUGGCGGCAAAGGGGAAGACAAGCUUAACUUACCUUACGGGUUAAAUAGUGAGACUGUUUUUACUGACCAUUUGAGACAAAUUACCAAGACGAUUGAAAAAUCACUUGACUUUCGGUGGCCAGGGAUAUCACUUCACGAAGAAGCUGCGAUAAUCAUGGUAGUACCGAAUAAUGCUGAUCGUAUACUUAUACGGAAAUGUGCUGCUGAAGCGGGACUCAUUUCCGAUGCCCAGGAUGGAUUCUUGGAGUUCGUAACAGAAAGCGUUGCAGGGGCUCUUUACUGCCAAUCUUUAGUAUCUUACCAUAAUCUCAAACCAAAAACCGAGUUCUUCCUCCUCAAUUGUGGCGGCACCAGCAGUACACUGUCAACUUGUUCGAUUGACGAAAAUCACAAUGUUUCUACUGCCACUGAUGUACUUACUCUGCCCAUAGGCUCAAUUAAUGUUGACAGAGAGUUUAUUGCUUUUCUAUCCCGUAAACUCGGCUCUGAUGCCAUCCAAAUUCUUCAAGAACAAUAUGACGGCCAACUUCAGUAUUUGUUGUUAUAUUUCUUCGAUCGAUUAAAAACAUAUUUCACGGGAAACGCAGAGACCUACGAGCCGCUAGGGUUGGAUUUGAAGGAAUUUUGUCCAGCUGUUUGUGACCAUAUUCAAGCGGAUCGUAGACUGUUUCUGGAAGAGGAUGACUGGAUGCUUAACAUUCAAUAUGACGACGUGAAAUCCUUUUUUGACAGCGUGACCAAAAAAUUAUGCCAAGACAUAAACAGUCAGGUAUUAUUGAAUAAAAGCCCACAUAAAGUGUUGUUCUUGAUUGGCGGAUUUGCGGAAUCAGAAUACUUUGUCAACAGCAUGCGCGACGCCCUCCAUCAGUUUUCUCUCCUCGCUGUUCCCAAUCAACCAAUUACGGCUGCAUCCCGUGGUGCAGUACAAUUCGGUCUGAAGAUCACUCGUACGUAUGCUCGCGUACUCUCUCAUACAUACGGAAUCCAAGUUAUUCGUCCACAGAAGGUAGAUGAUGCAGCCAGGGAAAUAGACGCCAAUGGAAAUGUUACUGCCUUUUAUCCCAUAGUUCAACGUGGAACCGAAGUGCCUGUUGGUCGCAAGUUUACUAAAAACAUACAUGAACAUCGCAAAAACAUGAAUCAGCAAGUUGAGUAUAAAGUUUAUCGAACGACAAAAUAUGUUGGGAAAUACUGUGAUGAAGAGGGAAUGGAAUUAGUUGGAACAGUAAAGGUUUCGGGCGUCCAGCAUCCCAAGAAAGUCGAAUUUUCUUUGACUUUUGAAAAAUUAGUUGUUGUUGCUGCUGCUGCUGCCAAAGAAUGGACGAAAGAUUACUGCACAGAGUUUGAGGUCGAGCUGUAA